AGACUGGAGUGCCCUGUGAGAGCAGGGGACGGACCGAACGAACGAACGAGGACUUGUACGCUUCUAUAUAUUCUGAACGCGCUCGCGAACGCUUCGCUCGCGCGAAACGAAUGUCCGUCUAUCCGAAUGUCCGUCCCGUUUCUCUCCCGGUGUCGUCGUCCCGAUAUCGCGUCCCGGUGUCACGUUCCGUGCCAGCUGUUUUCAUGACGCGCCGCUUCGUCAAGAACCGCGAGCCGCUCCGUGUUGUCGCGACGAGAGGAAGCUCGGUCGCGCGUUGCCGCUGAUCUCGCGCCACGUUUCGCAAACGUCAAGCAGGAACUCGGGAUUGAAGUGCGCGAUGACGUCUCAUUGAUGAAUCGUGUGAUUGCUGGAGAAAAACGUGCGUCAUGAGGUCGGUCACGGCCGACCAGGACUUUGGCGCAGCCUGAUGCCAGAUCUUUGAUGCCGUCUCGUUUUUCCGUUUAACGACAUUGUCGCGCGACAUAUAGAGACACAGUGAAGAAGAGAGAAAAAGAGAGAGGGAGAGCGAUAGAGGGCGAGAGAGAGAGAGAGAGAGAGAGUGCAGUGCGUGCAGGUGCAAGAUUGUGCCCCGUUUCGCGUAUAUUCGGGGAGAGCAAAGGGGAGAGAGCUGCACGUCUACGCGCGUAAAUUCCAGACAUGUCAGCGUACGCGCAAUUCGGAUACUCGUAUCCGUCGGCGUCCCAGCUUCUGGUAAGCGGUGGGCAGCCAACGACGGCAACGUCACCGGCAAUGUCAUCGGGGAGCGCGUUGAGUCCGGGGGGCCUGUCGCCCUCGUCGACGGCAACAACAACGACGGGGAUCGGGCCAGCGGGCACUGGCGGCGCCACGACCCCCGUGGGUGGCGCAGCAACCGGGCCCGGUUGCUGCGAGAACGGCAGGCCCAUGAUGACGGACCCCGUGACGGGGCAGACGGUGUGCAGCUGUCAGUACGACAGCGCCGCGAGAUUGGCGUUGGGCGCUUAUCCCCGGCUAGGGCCCACCGCGACCUCCUACUCAUCCUAUCCCACGCCGACACCAUCCACCACCGAUCAAGGGCCUUACCCCAGCAUCGGUAUGGACAGCUCCGCGUUCUACCCGCCAUUGGGUAAUCCGUACGGGCUGAAGGACGCGACGGGGAUGGGCAUGACGGCGGACAUGGGUGCUGCCUGGGGCACGGCCGCCCUUCAACCUGCCGCCACGGGUUACUACCCUUACGAUCCAACCCUGGCCGCCUACGGAUACAGCGCCGGUUACGAUCUGGCCGCGCGACGGAAGAAUGCCACGAGAGAAUCGACGGCGACCUUGAAAGCUUGGCUGAACGAGCACAAGAAGAACCCGUAUCCGACGAAAGGCGAGAAGAUUAUGCUGGCUAUCAUCACGAAGAUGACGUUGACUCAAGUCUCGACUUGGUUUGCGAACGCGCGGAGACGUCUCAAAAAGGAGAACAAGAUGACGUGGGAGCCGAAGAACAAGACGGACGACGACGACGACGCCGUGCUCUCCGAUUCCGAGGAUAAUAAGGAAAAGGACGAUCUCGUGGCGGAUAACAGAAGCGACCGAGUCGGCGAAGAGGCGAGACGAGGCCUCGAUGAUACCGAGCCAAUGAGGCACGUGAAAGCGGAACUCCUGCAGCAUGAGAAGGACCUCGACGACGAGGACGAUCUGGAUCUCGAGGACGAUCGUCGACGAAGCGAGCAUCCGUUUCAUCACGCGAUGCAACAUCACCACCAUCACCAUCAAGGCUUUGGCGGCGAGGAUCAUCUAAAGGACGAGGGUAUCAAGCCGGAUUGUAGCGCGGGCGGUGUACCAAUACCCGCGACAAAACCGAAAAUUUGGUCUUUAGCGGACACGGCAGCGUGCAAGACACCGCCACCACCCUCGCAUCCUCAUCAUCAGCAGUAUCAUCAUCAGCAUCAUCAGCAACACUACCCGCAACAGAACCAAUAUCACAUGCCUCGUCAAGACAUGAUUCAGACUGACACGCGACAUUCGUGGCUCGGUUCAGCAAGUAUGGUGGGAGGCGGUAGCGCCGGAGGUGGCGGCGUCGGCGCCGGUGGCGGCGGAAACUUGGGGAGUUCGUUCGCUCUACCCUCCUCGGCCGGGAUGAGCCCGUCGGCGGCAGCGACGGCGCCCUUCACAGGCAUGGCCGCGAGAUACGGCGGUCUGCUCUCGUCCUCGUCCGGCAGUCAGCUCCAUUAUAAUCCCAACUCGUCGUCGGGCUCGAGCUCGAGCGCAUCCUCCUCGGCGGCGGCAGCGGCGGGGUUUCCCGAGGUUGGCACGGACACUCCACCCCAGACACCGCCCAACAUGAAGGUGGCCACGCCGAACGGAGUGAUUCAGGGCCCACCGGGUGGUUACUGUCCUGGUGGCAAUGCGACCGGCGCCGCGACUAACGGCAAUCCUAACAAUCCGUACGGGGCGUCGAUUCAUCCCGGCGGCGGCGGCAGCGGUUAUCUAUCGACGAGUUCGGGCUCGGCCAGUAGCGCGUCGUCCUUUAGCUCUCGGCUGCAGAGCUCGCCGGUCGGACAUAACUCCAUUCUCCACCAGCAUCAAACCACUGCCAGUUUGCCGCCCACGGAGGCCAGCACCGCGUUUAAACCGUUUUACAAAGGCUCGCAAUCAAUGGGUAACGGCUACGUGUCGCCGGUUUAAGAGAGCCAACGCAAUGAUCCAGAACAACGGUCUUUCUCAAGAAUAAAGCGGCGCCGUUGAGGAAAGGUCCUGCGAGGAAGUUCUGCGGCCGGACUGUAAAUACGCGCUCCUGAGUGGUCUCGGGAUUUAUUAGCGUUAUCUCGACCUCGCGGAAAAAGCGAGAGAAAGAAGUGCAAAGCGAGUAGAGGCAGGCACAGGAAGGAAGGAAGGAAGGAUGAAAGGUGCUCGACUCUCUUCGAGAUACAUAAAUCUCGUUCCUCGACCUCUGGAACGCGCGACUAGGAAAAGACGUAUGAGAGGGCAGAGGAGGACCAAGGGGAUGGGGGAGGGAGAGGGUAGAGAAGCGCGGCAGUAUGCGAGGCGAGAGGAAGCGGCUUAGAGGAGAUUUAGGAAUUAGGAGAAUUACGUCAAAGUGCCUGCUUACGCACGGCUACGUACGGCGAAGCGACACCGCGGCCGGGUAAGAAGAAAGUAUAGGGACGCGCUCGGAUUUACGUCCGACGCGUUCUCUUCCCUCUUCGUUGCUAGCAAGAAAGCGCCGCCAUGCUUUCGAUCGGUACCGCCGACCGAUCUGGUUGACGGCAAAGGCAAGGAAUGCGGGAGGAGUGUACUCUCUUAAAUGGAAUCGGUGUAUUAUCACUGAUAAGCUGCAAACAGUAAAAUUUCACAGAGAAAAAAUCAGUUAGUGGCUGAUUUUUCAGUGAAAUUUUACCGCCAUAAUUAAUGAAACAAGCUGGAUGGAGCAAAGCAUCAGUGUGUUUUCAUAGGAGAUCAGUGAGCACUUGAAAUAUUAUUAUUUAUAUUUUUAUUAAAAUUAAUAAAUAUAUUGGCUUUAAUAAAUUUUACGUUCGAUCAGUUUAAUUGUGAGCAAUAUAUGUUAGCAUAAUUGUUGAGAAUUAAAACAAUACUUGAAACGUAAACAGAUAUAUACAAGGUGUUUCAAAAGUGGAGUUCAAUCGCUCGAGAAGUGAUUGGGGACCCAAAAACAACAAAAAAAGUUGAUAUGAACAUAAUUGUUUUCGAGUUAUCGCCAUUUUUAUGUUGAAAUUUUAAAUUGCUUUGCUUUCAUAUUUUUUUGUUCAAAAUUGAAAGAAGAGAUGGUUUGUAUGAGUUUUAUAACAUAAUUAAAGUCAAAUAAAAGUUGCGGACUGCUUUAGCACUACCCGGGAUAAAAAAAAGAGAAAGAAACCAUAAUAAAAAAAAUACAAAUAAAAUAAGAAAUGCAU